CGGAGGCAGGCAAGGGCUCGCCUCCGCUCUGAGCGCGCCUUUUCCGAGGCUGCCGCCCUGCUCUGCGCUGGCCUGCUGGCCUGCUGUGGGUCUGGGUCGGGGCCAGAGGCGGGCGUCACCGACGAAGCCACACAGAGAAGGCCCUGGAGGACCAGGACGGCUGCAGGUGGGGCGUGCCGGCCGGCCGGUGAGCUGUGAGCAGGGCCGUGAGGAAUCCGAGCUCGGCCGGCCUGGAGAUGGCUGGAAACUGCUCCUGGGAGGCGCACCCUUCCAACAGGAACAAGGUGUGUCCGGGCGUGAGCGAGGCCCCGGAGCUGUACAGCCGCGGCUUCCUGACCAUCGAGCAGAUCGCCAUGCUGCCGCCGCCAGCCGUCAUGAACUACAUCUUCCUGCUCCUCUGCCUGUGCGGCCUCGUGGGCAACGGGCUGGUGCUCUGGUUUUUCGGCUUCUCCAUCAAAAGGAGCCCCUUCUCCGUCUAUUUCCUGCACCUGGCCAGCGCCGACACGGGCUACCUCUUUAGCAAGGCCGUGCUGUCCGCGCUGAACGCGGGGGGCUUCCUGGGCGCCUUUGCCGACUACGUCCGUGCCGCGUCCAGGAUCCUGGGGCUCUGCACGUUUGUCGCCGGCGUGAGCCUCCUGCCAGCCAUCAGCUCGGAGCGCUGCCUGUCCGUCAUCUUUCCCGCCUGGUACUGGCGCCGGCGGCCCAAGCGCCUGUCGGCCGUGGUGUGCGCCCUGCUCUGGACCCUGUCCCUCCUGGUCACCGGCAUCCACAACUACUUCUGCGUGUUCCUGGGCCGCCAGGCCCCCGGCACGGCCUGCAGGCACGUGGACGUCUUCCUGGGCAUCUUGCUCUUCCUGGUCUUCUGCCCGCUUAUGGUGCUGCCCUGCCUGGCGCUCAUCGUUCACGUGGAGUGCCGGGCCCGGAGGCGCCAGCGCUCCGCCAAGCUCAACCACGUCGUCCUAGCCAUGGUGUCGGUCUUCCUGGUGUCCUCCAUCUACCUAGGGAUCGACUGGUUCCUCUUCUGGGUCUUCCAGAUCCCGGCCCCCUUCCCCGAGUACGUCACCGACCUGUGCAUCUGCAUCAACAGCGGCGCCAAGCCCGUCAUCUACUUCCUGGCCGGGAGGGACAAGUCGCAGCGGCUGUGGGAGCCUCUCAGGGUGGUCUUCCAGCGGGCCCUGCGAGACGGCGCUGAGCUGGGGGAGACGGGGGGCAGCAUGCCCAACACGGUCGCCAUGGAGAUGCAGUGCCCCUCUGGGAAUGCCUCCUGAGAGGCAAGCACCUGGGGGAGGGGCAGGGGCCAGGGGCAGCCACCCUGGUGCCCUGGUGUGAGCGGAGUCUGCAUCCCGCCAUCAGGCGCUUCUUGCCCCCUGGGCUGGAGGCUCCGUGGGUGGCCACGAGACUGAGGAGCCACCCGCAAAUAGACGAUGUGGCCCUGCCAGGCUCCCCCCAGCCACUGUCCCCCAUCAGCAACCCGUUGUACAGAAGUCGCCCCCAGGUGCGGGAGGUUUCUCCUCACCACAGCUUGGUCUGGGAGGGAGAGGUGAGGGGCCACCCAGCCCCGUCCACCUCCUGCCCUUUACAUCAGCUGAAAAUGACGCAGCCAUCACCGUCACCAGUCAGGCCACCGACUCCCUCCCUGCCUCCGGGUACCUGUUCUCACCAUCUGGGGCAGCGUCAGCGGCAGACCCGGACGGGGCGGUGCUGUCUGGGGCUGGGCUCUGGGGGACCCGCCUCGUAGCUCGGCCUUUCUGUGCGUGACAUCCCUGCCCCCUUGAUGGAGCCUGAGGUGAUCUAAAUGGGUGCGAUUCUGGUCAUGGCGAGCAGCUGGGGAUGGGAAGGACCUUCAGCCAGCUUGGGUAGCUCGCUCUCUUUUCUGACUCUGUGCCAGCCAGCCCUGGCAGCCCCCCGGAGCAUGCGGUGUGUCCCAGCUGCUGUCCGCCUGGUCCUCAGGCGCCUGUAGACCACCCAGGCAGCCUCUGGGCUCCAGCCCCCACCCCAAAGUGGGCACUGGCUCUGCCUGGCCAGCCCAGCCCACCGGCAAGCACGGUGGCCCAGCGUAGCCAAAGCAAAUUUUAUGAAACAAUAAAUGUACAUCAAUAAACGUUUUAUAUCUCAC